AUGGGACAAGGUCUUUCAUCUGGUCAAGAUAAAAAGAAGAAGAGAAGCAACAAGGAGAAGCCAAAGUAUGAGCCCCCAGUACAACCCAGAUUUGGUAGAAAGAAGAGAAGAGGUGGUCCUGCCACUGCAGAAAAACUACCAAACAUAUAUCCAAGUACUCGUUGUAAAUUAAAACUUCUGAGAAUGGAGAGAAUCAAGGAUCACCUUCUUUUAGAGGAAGAAUUCGUAACGAAUUCUGAAAUAUUAAAACCUUUUGAAAAGAAGCAAGAAGAGGAGAAGAAGCAAUUGGAGGAAAUUAGAGGUAACCCAUUGAGUGUGGGGACUUUAGAGGAAAUUAUCGAUGAUGAUCAUGCAAUCGUUACUAGUCCUACCAUGCCAGAUUACUACGUCUCCAUCUUAUCCUUCGCUGAUAAGGAGUUAUUAGAGCCGGGAUGCUCUGUGCUUCUCCAUCAUAAAACGAUGUCUAUUGUAGGUGUAUUGCAAGAUGAUGCAGAUCCAAUGAUCGCUGCUAUGAAGAUUGAUAAGUCUCCUACUGAAAACUAUAGUGAUAUCGGUGGAUUAGAGUCACAGAUUCAAGAAAUUAAGGAAGCAGUUGAAUUACCAUUGACUCAUCCAGAAUUAUACGAAGAAAUGGGUAUCAGACCACCAAAGGGUGUUAUUCUAUAUGGUGCACCAGGUACUGGUAAAACUCUACUGGCAAAGGCAGUGGCCAAUCAAACUUCCGCAACUUUCCUAAGGAUUGUCGGUUCAGAAUUAAUUCAAAAAUAUUUGGGUGAUGGUCCUAGGCUUUGUAGGCAAAUUUUCAAGGUUGCUGCUGAGCACUCUCCUAGUAUUGUUUUCAUCGAUGAAAUUGACGCUAUCGGUACAAAGAGAUACGAAUCUAACAGUGGUGGUGAAAGAGAAGUUCAGAGAACCAUGUUGGAAUUAUUGAACCAAUUAGACGGUUUCGAUGAUAGAGGUGACAUUAAAGUGGUCAUGGCAACAAACAGAAUUGAAACUCUAGAUCCUGCAUUAAUUAGACCAGGUAGAAUCGAUAGAAAGAUUCUAUUCGAAAAUCCAGACAUGAACACAAAGAAGAGGAUUUUAGGUAUACAUACCGCCAAGAUGAACCUAAGCGAGGACGUACGUCUAGAUGAAUUAGUAACUUCUAAGGAUGACUUGUCAGGUGCAGAUAUCCAGGCAAUGUGUACAGAAGCAGGUCUACUGGCCCUCAGAGAACGUAGAAUGCAAGUUACAGCUGAAGAUUUCAAACAGGCUAAAGAACGUGUUAUGAAGAACAAAGUUGAGGAGAACCUGGAAGGUCUGUAUCUAUGA